AUGUUGGAAGGAAGAAAGGAUUCAGAGCUGCUACAACAAGGAUCUCUGACGCCCAUUCAGAAUGAUGGACAGGAAGCUGAGGCUGUAGCAACAAAAAAUCAUGUGGUCUCAGAUAAAUUACAACAUCAAGAAGGAAUUUACAACCAUUUAGAAAUGGGAAGUUCAAACACAGCUACAGGGAAAUUGUUCCACACUCUGCAAAUGGAAAGUGGAAACACAAGCAGUUGUGUUUCAUGUGAGAUGAAGGAACCAGAACAGCAUGUGUCAGCUCCUGUAGUAGCUGCACCUGUAUUUGCAGGUGGUGAAGAUACGGCAGUGGGAUCAAGUCAAAGUAAUGCAUCAUACUAUCAAUCAAUGGUUAAUGAUGUAACAAUGUGGAUGACCAGUACAUUUGGAAAAUUCCUGGAUAGUGAGGAACACUUAACCAGCAAUGAAGAUUCAAAUUUGGGAAGCAAGAAUUAAGUAAAUGGCAACUUACCGAUGAAGUAUCUUCAUUUUUAAAUUUAUCACUUUCAACUAGAUGACCUGA